AUGGCAGCCGAAACCACCACAAAUGUGAUCCAAAAGAAGCCCGUGAGCUUCUCCAAUCUGCUCUUGGGAGCUGGAUUGAAUAUGUUCGAGGUCACUACGUUGGGACAGCCUCUUGAGGUUGUCAAGACCCAUAUGGCAGCCAACCGAGGCGACAGCAUUGGGAGUGCUUUCAAGACGACAUGGAGUCGUGGUGGGGUUUUCGGAUUCUACCAGGGGUUAAUCCCAUGGGCAUGGAUUGAGGCAUCAACCAAAGGAGCAGUUCUUCUUUUUGUUUCCUCGGAAGCUGAAUACCAUGCUCGGACUUUCGGAGCUGGGAGCUUCACCGCCGGUAUCACGGGGGGUGUUAUCGGUGGUGUUGCGCAGGCAUAUGCUACCAUGGGAUUCUGUACCUGUAUGAAGACGGCCGAAAUCACCCGUCACAAACAGGCUGCCUCUGGAAUUAAGCCGCAGUCUACUUUUGGCGUCUUUGCCGAUAUCUACCGCAAGGAUGGUAUCGCGGGUAUCAACAGAGGUGUUAACGCUGUUGCGAUUAGACAAAUGACCAAUUGGGGUUCCAGGUUCGGUUUGAGCAGGCUCGCUGAGCAGGGUAUCAGAAAGGCUACUGGAAAGGGUGAAAGUGAUAAAUUGGCCGUAUGGGAGAAAAUCUUGGCUAGUGUUCUUGGUGGUGGUUUGAGUGCUUGGAAUCAACCGAUUGAGGUCAUCCGUGUUGAGAUGCAGAGCAAGAAAGAGGAUCCGAACCGUCCUAAGAACCUCACGGUCAGCACGGCAGCAAAAUACAUUUACCAGCAGAAUGGACUGAAAGGACUUUACCGUGGUGUCACUCCUAGAAUCGGACUUGGCGUUUGGCAGACGGUCUGCAUGGUUGGGAUGGGUGAUAUGGCAAAGGAAGCCGUCGCGAAGCUCACUGGUGAAGUUCCUACUGGGAAGCACUAA